AAAAAGCGUCGCAUGAAGAAAGAGAAGGACCCGAACGCACCUAAGCGCCCUGCGAGCGCCUACCUACUCUACCAAAACGACAAGCGGGCCGAAUUCACUGAAAAGUUCAAGGGUUCCCCGUACCAUGAGAUGUUGGCCAAGAUUUCGGAGAGCUGGGGCAAGCUAUCUGAGGUAGAGAAAAGCCCAUACCUGUCUGCGCAAGCCAAGUUGAAAGAGGACUACGAAGGCCGCAAGAAAGCGUACGAGUCCUCGAAGACCGAUGCAAUUCCUGCACCUGACGCUAUCGAUGAAGACGAGGAUGAGCUGCUGGAUACGUCGCCUGUACCUGCCAAGGCUGCUACCAAUGGGGAGGCCGAAAGCGAGGACGACGAUGACACCGAUGAUGAAGAUGAAGAGGAUGAAGCAGAUCAAGUCAACUCAAUAGUCGCCAAGAGGAAGGGUGCGGACGAUGAGGAGGAAGAAGAAGAAGAGGAUGAUGAUGAUGAUGAUGCCAGUGAGACUUCGGAAGAUAACGAGCCACCUCGCAAGAAGACGAAGGGUGCCGCACCCGCUGCCUCCACCAAGAUGCCUGCCCAAACAGCUGCGAAAGCCGUCGGUAAGCCCGCUAGCAAGCCCACUAGCAAGAAGGCCGCCGAGGUGCCUGCCGUUGCAAAGGAGAAAAAGAAGAAGAAGGCGAAGGAGUAG